UCCUCGCGCGUGUGGAGAGCAGCGCGGGUUUGAUUCUCUCGAUUGAACGGAUUCUCUGGUUUGAUUCAUUUCGAAAAUCGUUUCAGCAACCUGAUAACCAACAUGGCGCAGAGAGUUGCCUUAGUUUCGCUCGUUUUUACUUUCACAUGUUUCGAAGCGUCUGCUAGUUUUAGAGCGGCAUUAGACGAACCAAUUCAACUCGUUCGUCCCGACCUGGACCAUAGGAAGCUCGUUCUAGUCAGAGAAAAUAUUAAGCUGAUAACCCAUAUUCAAGGCCCAGUUGCUACGAUCGCCGUGGUGGGCAAAUUCCAUUCCGGCAAGUCGUUCCUCAUGAAUCAGCUGAUGGGCAAGUCUAAAGGUUUCGGCAUUGGCCCCACUGUAAGGCCAGAGACGAUGGGCAUAUGGAUGUGGGGCCAGCCAAUGAAAAUCCGCCUCCCUUCUGGAGAAGCUAUUUCGCUCAUAUUCCUGGACACAGAAGGCUUUGCCGCAAACAAUAUUUCUGAGAACUACGACGCAAAGAUAUUUGCUGUCGCAACCCUUAUCAGUUCGCACCUCAUCUACAACUCCGUUAAGAUAAUCGAUCAAGCUGAUAUUGACUAUUUGGAAUUGCUAGCACGCCGAACGCAGCUUUUUGCGCUUCGAUCUCAGCUGUCGAGGGCUAAAUGGAGUGAUGGCUUCGUUCAUGACCUCCUCAGCUUCCCCCCAUUGCUCUGGGUUGUGCAGGACUUUGUACAACAAACUUUAGACAAUGAGUCCCCAACAGAAUGGCUGCAUCGCCUGAUGAACACUCAUAGUCGAGAGAGCGAAGAAUACAAGAUCAGUCUGCUAGAUAUCUUCAAGUCCUUGGAAUGUCACACCCUGUUCCUGCCCGCGGUCAAACGACUCCUGUUGGCAGACCUGUCCCAGGCUGAGGAAUCUGACUUGACGGAAGAAUACAUCAAGGAACGAGAAGCGUUGUCACAAAAACUAAGAAGCAGUCUCAAGCCCAAGACGAAAAAUGGGAGGCCAAUAAAUGGUGUCGAGCUGGCUGGUCUGUUCGAAAUUCUGGUCAACGCUUCAAAUGAUGGCUCUCUGACUGAUGUUCCGAGCCGCUGGAAUUCUUUCGUAGAGAAAAUAACUCAAUCAUCGACGGAGGACUGCUUGAUGUUCUACGAGUCGGAAAUGCGGGUGCUCUUCGCAGAGCAUGAUGAGGGAGCCAUCAACGAGGCUGAGCUCAUCGAUUGGCACGAGCAAGCAAUGAACAAGUCCUUUACUCUUCUCAACCAAUUGUUACACGGACUCACCGACACGCUGGAAACAGCUACGGUCCGUCUCAGGAAGAGCAUCGAGAGCACCCAUGCGCGUCAACGGGACAUGAACACCAAGAAAAUUAAGUUAUUCUGCCUCGACUUGUCUCAGAAAGAAAUAUUGGUUGUGGAAGAGUACCUCAAAAGCGUACAACUUCCUUUGCAAAACAGUGAACUCGAAAAACUUGCAUCUGCUAAGGUGGAAGAGCAGUUGCGAGAGUUCUCUGACAAGCUCGGCAGGCUCAUCUCUGAACAGGAGAAGGAGACAUAUAGGAAAACGUUCGUGUGUGGCCAUCUUUUCUCAAUUUUUUGUUUUUGCAAACAGGUAUUUGAUGACGAAUGCACCUCGUUCAAGACAGAAAAGGACUAUUCUAAACACGAAGCUCUGCUGAAGGAGAUCAUCAACAGAGAAAUCGAGAAACUGAAGAAAGAGAACGAGAGGCUGGUGUCGCAUUUAAUCGCCUCUACCGCGAGCAAGCUCUCCGCAAACUACGAGGACCAAACGGGGCCUUCUCAUCUCUCACUCCCAGUCAACGACACCGAACUGGACAUAAGAUUACAAGGUGAAGGGGACAACAUGCGCGCGGAGUUCGGACGCACCCUCGAAGACUUCAGCGUGUUUCCUACUUACCGCAGUGCCUUCAAAGACCUCACGGAACGAAUAGCGGCGGUAGACAAACAGCGUCGUGCGGAGAACGUGGAAGCCCUGAAACAAGUAGUCUACGAGCCCCUGAAACGUGCCAAGCAGGUCAUACUGGUCUCUGCAGACAUGUACACGACAGAGUUCAAGCUACGUGGCUUUAUAAUGCAGGUUUGCCUCCUGCAACUGGAUGAAGGAAAGCCAAAGUUCUGGCAGGACGAACUGAAGCGGAACAUUGUCAUGAGCUUCAUGAACACAGACGAGGAACUGAGCAAGCGCAUUCGUCAGGUGAAGGGGCUGUGGUCAAGUUUUCUUGGCUUCUUUCAGUGGCUGCUGUGGCUCGUAGGAUGGUGAUCCAUGCAUCGCGUCGAUCUAGCCCAUAAGAUGAACUUCUUUUAAAAUGAACAAAUGAAGUGACAAUGGUGGCAUAUCUGCCUGAAAGUGCGAUAUUUAUUUAUUUGUACAUACUCCAGAGAUGCAUUCUUAAAAUAAUAAAAUAUUCGAUAACAUU